AUGCGGUGGUGUUUACUAACCUUGUGUCUUGCAUUUGCGAAAUGCAAUUCACAAAGCCGCAGUGACGCUACGUAUCACAUUGCAGGAAUAUUUGAAGAGGAUGCUGUCACCCAACGCCUCGCCUUUGAUGAUAGCAUGAAGGAUGCAAGCGUGGAUGACUACAGACUGGACCCAAUUAUAAUUCAACGGUCCGCACGUGACAUAUUUUCGACAUGGAGAGAUUUGUGCGCCAGCAAAACAAUUCAACCUAUAGCAGUUUUCGGCCCACAAAGUUCUACAAAGAACACUGCAAUCCUGGAUCAGUGUUCCAUGUCGAAGCUACCCCAUUUGCAAGCAUCUUGGCAGCCGCCGGAGCCCAACUUUACACUCGAAAACGACUCAGUAACUAUUGAAAGUAACAAUAACACAGGAACAGACGACUCAGAAGCACCGAUAUUUAAAAAAAUAACCAUCAACUUCUAUCCCGAUAGCGAUAAAACCUCAGAAGCCUACGCUUCAUUGUUAAAGUACUACAAAUGGGAAAAUUUCGCAGCCCUCUAUGAAGACGAGUUUGGUUUGAUGAGAGUACAGAAAAUUUUAGCUGAAUAUACAGAUCAAUAUCCAGUUACAAUUAGAAAGCUUGAGACCGAUGGUGAUAAUUAUAAGGUUUUUAAAGAGCUUCAAAACAGCCAAGAAACACGGUUCUUCAUCGACUGCCACGUGGACAACGUGUUAAAAUACAUGGAUAUAAUAACAAUGUUAAAAUUAGAUGAUUUUUAUCAGCAUUAUAUUUUCUCAACGAUGGACACAUCAAUCGUUGCUCAUAAACUGACAGAAUUUCGUUCCAAUAUCACUUGGCUCAGUGUCACUGAAUACGACAAACUGAUAGACGCUCAGCACUUCCUUGCUCAGAGAGUGGAAAGAUGGGCAAUCAAUACCGUAUCCCCACCUGUCACUGACAUGCCGAUUGAGGCUCUACUUAUGAAUGAUGUAGCAAACCAUAUAGUAAAGGCUUUGACAACUUUAGAAAAAAAGACAUCAAUAAGUAAGCCACCGACGUUGUCGUGUGGCUCUGAUGCAGAAGGGUGGGAAUAUGGUGCUUUAUUACAACAGGAAAUAUUACAGACACAAACAACGGGGGUUUCGGGUAACAUAGAGUUUGAUGAGACGGGUAAAAGGAAAAACUUUGUUUUAUACGUAAACGAGAUACAUCUUAAAAAAAGACAAACUAUAGGAAAAUGGGAAUCGUCGUCAGGUGGCCAUAUUAAAGAAGACAGGCCUGAUGCCGACAGUAUUGGAAAUCAACAAACUAGAAAACAUUUUUACGUGAUAUCGCGUCGGGCUAAGCCUUACUUUUACGAAAAGGAGAAAUGUCAACCAGAGGAGUGCGAAGACGAUGAUGGUGAAAAAUAUGAAGGUUUCUCAGUGGACCUUGUCAAACAAAUAUUUGAAACGUUAAAAAAAGAUAAUUUCAACUACACGUAUUCGUUUAAAUAUGACACUGAUUACGAAUAUGGACAUUAUGAUAAGGACAAGAAAAAAUGGAAUGGUCUAAUUGGAGAUUUGUUAGAUAAAAAAGCCGACCUAGCUGUUUGUGAUUUGACAAUAACUGAAGAGAGAAAAAAAGUAGUAGACUUCUCAGUGCCGUUCAUGAGCUUGGGUAUAAGUAUACUAUACGUUCAAGAGAAGAAAGUAGACCCAGGGAUGUUUUCUUUUUUAAAUCCAUAUACCUUUGAAGUAUGGAUGUAUAUUGCCACUGCAUAUUGUGUCGUCUCAAUUGUCCUCUUUGUUUGUUCAAGAAUUUCACCUGCGGACUGGGAAAAUCCACAACCUUGCGAUAGAGACCCUGAAGAAUUGGAAAAUAUAUGGAAUUUCAAAAACUGCGCGUGGCUUACAAUGGGAUCCAUAAUGACACAAGGAUGCGAUAUUUUACCGAAGGCAAUAGGCACGAGAUGGGUCUGCUCCAUGUGGUGGUUUUUUGCAGUGAUAGUUUGCCAGACAUACAUUGCCCAACUAUCAGCUUCAAUGACUUCCGCUUUAGAGAACGAACCAAUAAACAGCGUAGAAGACCUGGCGAACCAAAACAAAAUCUUGUACGGUGCCCUCGAUGGUGGCUCUACGUUGAGCUUUUUCAAGAAUUCAAAGGAUAAGAUGUAUCAAAGAAUGUAUGAAAACAUGAUAGCCAAUAAAGUUGUUUUGGUAAAGAAUAAUGACGAGGGCGAAAAAAGAGUGAUAAAUGGAAAAGGAAAAUACGCCUUUUUCAUGGAAUCCGUAACAAUCGAAUAUAAAUUGAAGAGGAAUUGCGAUCUGAAGAAAGUCGGAGGGGAAUUGGAUUCAAAAGAUUAUGGUAUCGCCAUGCCUGCAAAUUCGCCUUUUCGAACUGAUAUAAAUAGAGCGAUUCUUAAAUUAAAGGAAUCGAAUGCCUUGGACAAAAUAAAAAGGAAAUGGUGGGAAAAUAAAUAUGGAGCUAAAUCUUGUGAUCAAGAAGAAGACAAAAAUGACGUGGAAGGCGAUUUAGAAAUUAAAAAUUUGAUAGGAGCAUUUGUGGUUUUGGUUGUAGGCCUUAUAUUAGCUUUGUUCAUUACGGCCGCAGAAUUCAUGAACGAAGUUCGAAAUAUCGUGGUUCGUGAAAAAGUAACACACAAGGAAGUUUUCAUGAAGGAACUGAAAUCGUCAUUGAAUUUCUUUCAACUUCAGAAGCCAGUACUACGGAGAUGUAGCCACCCGCUUCACGGCGCGGUAGUCUCGUUCUGGCGUGCGGAGGUUAUCACGUGUGGGAACCACCAGAGCCCCUACCACCAGCCGACCAAUACACGGCGGACUCCCUCGGCGCGUUACAAUGACCGCUGGGCUCGCAAUCGCGAACAAAGCCGCGGUGAAUCACGCAAUGUGUUGCGAACAGGAUGCGAGCGCCAAUGGCUGCUUCGUUGCAGCACACAAUUGUGGCGAAAGAACGCCAAAUCUGUUUGCUGUGUUCUGCUGUCAGUGCUGCGAGGGCCACCGAUCGAUAUGGCCGCCGCGUGGUACGCUGUGGCUACACUCGCCGCGACGGUCCUGGGCGCGUCGAUCGCGCCAACUGAGAAACAAGUUGUGGAAAAGUCGAGUUGUGGUCGAGUUUGGUUGACUGUCCAUUCGCCGGAGAUAAGAUUGACAAACGGAGGGCGAAUCCAGGACGCUCUCGAACUCAACUGGGACUUUAACGAUUGCCAAAGCAUACCUAGACAAAUCGGUCUUUUCAAUCAUCGGCCCGGUGGAUGGAACAAAGCGUUAGCGAUAUAUCCGAUACAGUCGUCGGAGGGGCACGUCGUCACCAGGAUUCCGCUCGGAGAGGGCACUCUACCAGCCGGCUGGGACACCGGAGCCGGCUCCGGUGGUCCCAACUGCCUCUGGCCGUGGGUGGGCGCCGGCGAUGCUGACAUUCAAGCUUACAACUGCCUGAAGAUACAACCAACGUGGAUGGAGGACAAUGCAGGGAAAAUCAACAAGCUUCGUAUCGGAGAGCUGGUACUUCCGGGGACACACAACGCUGGGGCCUGGAGUUUCGACACGGAGAUUAGUACCGUCACCAGGGACAGUUUUGUGCUCUGUCAAGAUCGCUCGAUUUGGGCUCAACUUGUCCACGGUAUCCGAUACUUGGACUUCAGGAUCGCAUACUACGAAUUUUACCCGAAUAAAGAUGACAGGUACUGGUUGAACCACAACCUCAUACGAGUCCGACCCCUAGUGCCCUUGUUAAAGGAGAUACGGGCGUUUCUGGACGUUACGAAAGAGGUCGUGUUUCUGGACGCGCAUCAUUUCCCAGUAGGGUUCUACCAACCUGACGGUAGCCCAAUAAGAAGCGUCCACGCGGGACUGAUAGAAAUUGUACAAAGGGAACUUGGCCCCCAUGUAGCAGACGCUCGCCUGUUUUCAACUAGUCCCGGCACAAGAGGAACCACACUCCAAUCUCUAUUAGAUGCUGACCGACGUCUAGUGUUCAGCUAUGUGGAUAACGGUAUCGUUUCAGAGCACAGCUGGCUGUGGCCGAUUCUACCUCAUCUGUGGGCGAACACGAAUAGCCCGACGGAGCUGUUCCGCUACUUGGACCAAGCGAUAAGCGUGUCGCCACAACCGACGGCCAGGUCGCCGCUGCAUUCCGCUAUGGCGCAGACCACGCCGACAGUGCUCGACAUACUCCUACUGCGCGGGUCGCUUAGGACAAACGCAGACGACGUGAACCGCAACGUAACCGUUCGCCUCGCCACUGUCUGGAGGCAGCGUGCCAACAUCGUAUCCACAGAUUUCUUCUUGGCGAACGACGUCGUCGACCUGUCUAUAGCACUCAGCGUCGAGCGCGGCUCGCGUUUA